CGCUUGUCCCCUGUGCCCGGACGACGACGGAGGACGCGCGGGUCCGCACACGACUCCACUAAAUGCCCUUCGUCAAGCCCAUGGCGAACAAGUCCCCUCGUAUGAGGGCCCUGGCGCUGUACAAGGAGCUGCACAGGCUGGGCAGGGACUACCCAGAUCCCUCGUAUAAUUUCCACGGGAAGCUGCGAGGUCUAUACGAGAAGAACAAGAACUUGCAGGACCCGGAGGAGAUAGAGAAUGCCCUAAAACUCGGGGAAUACAUUCGGAAUGAAACACUCGCGCUGUACUCACUACGCAAAUAUCGACAUUUGAGGCGGAUGUAUCCCAACGACUCGCACAGCGAUACCUUUCCCUGAACUGCGUACCUCGGUGCCUCUGACAUGCGACACCUCCGCUCUCGGCCGAUCUGACCCACAUGUACACUUCGCACCCCAUCUGUCUUGCCCGCCCGGUUGCCUCAUCCCAGCCAUCAUCUAUCGGGGGACUGAAGGUCGAGGUCGGGCCGCUGCCACCCGCCAUUACGAAGCGAUGGCAUCAUACCAGCAGCUAGCUGGACAUGUACCUGACACAAGGGCGGUUCUUUUGUACUAUAUUAGUGCGUCUAUUUUAUCACCUGCACACCAUGUAUGCGUUCACUGUUCUCACACAUCUAGACGAGUGUACUGUAUCUGAGUCGGUAGCUGUACGCUGUUGUGCGAAGUUAUACAAGCAGACCCCUACAUCUCGCAGCUCUCAACUGUCAAUGAGGCCGAUCAUAAGCAUGCAUCAAGAUUGGAUAAGUCCACACCAUAC